GUAAAGUUCAAUAUAAGACGAAAAAGGUGAAAAGGAGGCGGAUAUAUAUAGUGGAAAUUUAGGCAAACAAAUAUUGUUAUUGAGAUGGGCAGGUCGAGAAAUGACAAUCACGUGGUUAUUCAUGGAGAUAAAGGCUUUUACUAUGAAAAUUCUGGAUGGAAAUUGCGUGGAGAAAUUAUUAAAGACGAGGAAUGUUAUUUUCUGAGAGCGGAGGAGGAAGUGGAAGACUUUUGUAAGGUUGCUGAAUAUGAAUUCUUCGGUGUUGAUAAUCCACAAGAACAUGUUUUGCUGUAUUUGUGCUUCCAUGUUGGUUCCAAGCGACCGUAUUAUUCGGAAGUUAGAAGAAUUGAUAUAGUAUAG